UAGGCCACUACUAAGUACAACAACUAACUUCUUUAAAUGUACUAAUUUCAUGUAUUUUUAUUUCUUGCAUGCAAACAAAAAAGACCAUCGACAUCUUCCUUGUGGAGAGACAUUUUGUGCUCCUGACCUGAACUGCUUCAUUAAUAAUGGAAGUGCUCAGUGUGUCGACCCCUGUGAGCAUUAUACUGCAGUGAGUGACUGGAGCCCCAUAAACGGAUGUGGUGGAAGAAUUGUCCAAGGAGGCUGGUACAGUUUUUUUUUGGGCCAAACCAGAGCUCAGAUCACUGAAACAUGUGAAGACACAUGUGGGACGUCUCCUUACUUAAAACUGGCAGAACCUCAUCCCACUGAGUACAAUCAAUCUGUAACACUUCCUCUGUGUCAUACUUACAUUGAUAACUGCUGCUACUAUAGUCCAUAUUUCAUGAAGGCCAAACUCUGUUACGGAGACUUCUACGUCUACAAACUUUUUGAUCAAUCUUCAUGCUAUUAUCCAUAUUGUACAGUUCCUUAUCAGAGUUUUCAGGUAUCAGGACAAACUGAGACCAGCAUCACUCUUCGGUGGGAUAAUGUAAAUACCAAAAUUGUCAGCUUCAUCUUAGAGUUUAAUGGAAAAGAUACAAACAUCAGUGCACCAAAUGGAGAUGGACCCAUUUUUUACACAAUCACAUCCCUGACUGCUGGAACUAAAUAUACAUUCACUAUCUUCUCUGUGUUUGAGAACGUCAGAGGCAAAGCAACCAAUAUUACUGCAGUUACUGCUCCUCAGAAUCCCCAAAAUCUCAGGCAAUCAACACAGAAUGAGAGCAGCAUCACUCUGCAGUGGAACAAAGUGAACAACAUCAGCUUUGUUCUUCAGCUUGAUGGCACAGAAACCAGCAUCACUGCCACAGAUGGAGAUGGACCAGUAACUUACACAUUCUCAUCCCUGAUGGCUCAGACUAAAUACACGGUUAUUCUCUUCUCUGUGUUGGAGAACGUCAGAAGCAGCGGACAAAAACUCACAGUGGUCACUGCUCCUCCAAAUGCCAAAAACUGUAAAGCAUCAGGACAAAAUGAGACGAGCAUCACUCUGCAGUGGGAUAAAGUGAACACCAAUGUCAGCUUUGUUCUUCAGUUUAACGGCACAGAGACAAACAUCAGUGCUCCAGCUGGAGAUGCAGUGAUCCACCACACCGUCUCAUCUCUCACUGCUGGAACUAAGUACACAUUCACUCUGUUCUCUGUGUUUGAGAACGUCAGAAGUACUGGAGUGAACAUCACAGCAGCAACUGGGCCUAACUAUGUCGUUGGACUGGACAUGGGAUUUAGGUCUUUUGGAGGGAUGACUGAAACUGAAGUGCAGAGAGCCAUUGAAGAGUUUCUGCAGACAUAUGGACUUUCACCAAACGUGUUGUCUAUAAAAGUUAAACCUGUGCAACCGUAAGACAAAAGGAGGAGGAUUUUCCUUUAAGACAACAAAACUGGAAAGUGAAUGGAACAAAAAUUCAAGGAGUUAGGGAUUAAAAACUUUUUGACUUUAUUUCUGCACAUUGAGACACCUUAUAUAAUAAGACUCAAUAAAUAGAUUGUGUAAAUAAUGUUAAGUGCUGCAGAAAUAAAGCUGAUUGAAGCUCUUAAUGGCAAACUUAUAAAUCCUUUUUAUGAUAAAUACUCAUACUUUUCUUUUUAAAGUCUAAAGCCUCCUUAUACUAAAGUUAUAGCUUCUUUGUGACUUUAAUGUGUUCUUGUUUUUUUUUAAUAGUUUCAUAUUUUGUUAAAAAAAACCUUCAAUGAAAAUUCAGCCAUAAACACACAGGGGAAUGACUUUGCCACUAUAAGGGUUUUUUUUCUAAGGACAGCAUUUUAAUCCUAUCCAGAUUUUCCAGUUGAUCAAAAAUAUACUAAUAUUCUUUAUAAAAGGUUCAUGAUUUUGGUUAAUAAUGAUUUUUUUCCCUUCAAAUGCAAUUAUUCUUGUGUUUUUUGUUUUUAUAUACAGCGGUG